GACAGGCAUCGUGUGCCGCCGGCUUUAUAUUGGGAUUAUCGAAAGGUUAAUUUGUCAUUUUCGUGACAAGCAUUUUCGCUGUGUUUGUCGAUUAUUUAUAUCUCUCGAAACUGCAGUCGCGAAUACAAAAGUAUCACAAAAAAUGGAAUGUUUAAUUGGUAUUCAGUGCAAAGAUUUCGUGUUAGUUGCAGCGGAUAUGACAACUACACAGUCUAUUAUAGUCAUGAAAAGCGAUGAACACAAAAUCCAUAAGAUUUCCGACAAGCUUGUCAUGGCAAUAUCUGGAGAAUCAGGCGAUACAACGCAGUUUUCGGAAUAUAUUGGGAAAAAUAUUCAGCUAUACAAAAUGCGAAAUGGCUAUGAAUUAUCUCCCAAAGCUGCAGCUUGUUUCACAAGGAGAAAUCUAGCUGAUUAUCUUAGAAGCAGGACUCCAUACUUUGUCAAUAUGCUACUGGCUGGAUACGAUGAUGAUUCAGGAGCAGAGUUAUACUUUAUUGAUUAUUUAGCAUCCUGCGUAAAAGUUCCUUACGCGACUCAUGGAUAUGGUGGGAUGUUCUCCAUGUCUGUUUUAGACAGAUAUCACAAAUACAAUUGUACUGAAGAAGAAGCAUAUGCAUUGUUGAAAAAAUGCGUGCGGGAAAUUCAGAAGCGACUAAUCGUUAAUUUACCAAAUUUCAAAGUUCAAAAGAUAUCCAAGGAUGGAAUCAAAGAUAUGCAGCCGAUUACAGCUGAAAACUUGGCUGUGGAAAGUGCUGCUGAAGCAUAAAAGAAACAUUUACUUAAUAUUUUUUAGUAG